AUGUCGUCGAGCGUCAAGGUGCUGCAGAACCUCUUCGACAACUACCAGAAGACGACGCCGCAAAAGCUGAAGAUCGUCGACGCCUACAUGUUCUACAUCCUGCUCACCGGCAUCUUUCAGUUCAUCUACUGUGUGCUCGUCGGCACGUUCCCGUUCAACGCCUUCCUCUCCGGCUUCAUCUCCACGGUCGCCUCGUUCGUGCUGGCUGCCUGUCUCCGAAUCCAGGUGAACGAGGAGAACAAGGAGGAUUGGCGCACUUAUGGGACCUACGGGGCGACGGCCUUCCUCCUCGCCGUCUACAUCUGUGACUGGAAGGCGGUUGGACAGUACAUCCCCCUCUGGAACAAGCGAUACAUUUCCGAUGGCCUGAAGCAGUGCAACGACUCGUUCUUCGUCAGCGUGCCCCAGCCCCCCGCCGAGAAG